UUGAGCGUCAUCAUAUCCCGCUGUAGCUACAAGUGGAUGACACCUACUUCAUUUAGUUGAUUCUUUGUAACGGCCAUUACAGGAGGAAUACUUGAAGGGUGGGUUUUCUUGUCAGUGGAGCAUUUUAAACAUGAAUAAAUCCCCGAGGCUGUUUCAGUGACGUCCAGCUAACGGCAGUUCUAACACCGACUGCUGUUUUCCUCCUGGUGGUGAACUGGUUGCACAUCUGACGUUAACAGUGGAUACUUUACGAGGCCUCAAGCCAUGCCUCGGUCCACAGUGGGGCUGUGAAUCCGCCAAAACGUCACUUCGAGCCAGGGAGGCGAAGGUGAGGUAGUCGCCACAGCGGGGUAACUCCAGAGGUUAACUCUCGUGUAUAAGCAGGACAGGUCAUAAAAAAGGGAAAUCUGAGUUACAUCACAUUGCUGCUGGAUUCACUCUCUCCUGCCAAAACACCCAUCACUCAUCAAAAGGCUGAUCUACAGACAUGCACUCCCCACCUCGACAGGACUAUGUAUCUAUAAGCUUUGCUGAAAAAGGAAGUGGAGGUUACAAUAAUAGUAAGCAGUGGAGGAGACAGUCCUGCUGGCGGAAAUGGAAGCAGUUAUCAAGACUGCAGCGGAGCCUCAUCCUCUUCCUUCUCGUCCUCUUGUUUAUUUGUGGAAUUGCCUCCUAUCCUACUUUUACUGAACACCUCAGAGGCCUUACAGAUGAAGAAGAGCAGGACACCAACAGCAACAGCGUCCUGAGGCCUUUCGUCCCUAAUGUGCUGCCCGAACCCGUCAAACAGGGGCGACUACCACUGCCAGAGCAAACCUCCCAGAGGAAGUUACCCUACAAAAGAGGACCACCCAUCCUUCAGAACCGUCUUCAGAGUAAAGGAAACUCUUCAGAUUCAGGGCCAGGGGGGAGAGCGGCUGACGGCAAGAAGGACGGGGAGGAGGAAGGGGUCAUCAGCUGGCGUGGGGCUGUGAUCGACACUGAGCAGGGCACAGAGGGAGCCAAAGAAGAUGAGAAUAAGGGGGCUUCACCUGCCAACAAGAAGGUCAAACCAACGAAGGAGUCAGGAGCUAACCGGCUCGAGGCGGUGCAGGAGGCUUUCAGACAUGCAUGGAAGGGCUAUAAAGACUGUGCUUGGGGCCAUGAUGAGCUCAGGCCUCUCUCCAAGUCCUACAGCGAGUGGUUUGGCCUGGGCCUGACGCUUAUCGACGCACUGGAUACCAUGUGGAUCCUUGGGCUUAAAGAAGAGUUUGAAGAAGCAAAGACUUGGGUGGCCACAGAGCUCACUUUUGGCAAGAAUGUGGAUGUCAACCUGUUUGAGAGCACCAUCCGCAUUCUGGGAGGUCUGCUGAGCACAUACCACCUGACUGGAGACACUGUGUUCCUAGAAAAAGCUAAAGACAUCGGCUCCAGACUGAUGCCUGCCUUCAACACCCCGUCCAAGAUCCCCUACUCUGAUGUGAAUAUUGGGAAAGGCACAGCCCAUCCCCCUCGCUGGACCUCAGACAGCACUGUGGCAGAGGUUACGAGCAUCCAGCUGGAGUUCAGAGAGCUCAGCCGCCUCACACAGGAGCCUCAGUACCAGGCUGCAGUGGCCGAGGUCAUGAGACAGAUCCACAAACUGGAUGGAAAGCUGGAUGGUCUGGUGCCGAUGUUCAUCAACACAAACAGCGGACAGUUCACACAUCAAGGCAUCUACACCCUGGGAGCUCGAGCAGACAGCUACUAUGAAUAUCUGCUGAAACAGUGGAUCCAGGGAGGCAAGAAGGAGAAUGAGUUUUUAGAAGACUACCUACAGGCAAUCGAAGGUGUGAAGAAGAACAUGCUGCAGAAGUCCUCACCCAACGGUCUGACCUUUGUCGGAGAGCUCUCACAUGGACAGUUUAGCCCUAAAAUGGACCACCUGGUGUGCUUCCUUCCUGGCACUCUGGCCCUCGGUGCUCACAACGGCCUGCCUGCUGAUCACAUGGACCUUGCCAAACAGCUGAUGGAAACGUGCUACCAGAUGUACACCCAGAUGGAGACCGGCCUCAGUCCAGAGAUAGUCCACUUCAACAUGCACGAGGGAAGCACCCGAGACAUUGACGUAAAGCUCGCAGACAGACACAACCUCCUUCGCCCAGAGACCGUGGAGAGUCUUUUCUACCUGUACAGAUUCACCGGGGACCACAAGUACCAAGACUGGGGCUGGGAGAUCCUCCAGAACUUCAACAAGUACACAAGGGUUUCCUCUGGCGGCUACACCUCAAUCAAUAAUGUACGAGACCCGGACUACACAAGUCCUCGAGACAAGAUGGAGAGCUUCUUCCUGGGAGAGACACUGAAAUAUCUGUUCCUGCUUUUCUCUGACGAUCCCAACCUCAUCAGCCUGGACCAGUACGUCUUCAAUACUGAGGCUCAUCCUCUGCCUAUAUGGCCUUCCACUGCGUGACACGCACAUACACACACACACACUCACAAAACUGCACAUAUAAACAUUGAAAACAUCUCAGGGACGGUCUAAUAACAAGAUGAUUCCUUCGUCUUCUGUCUCCAUGACAGGAUGUUGUCAGAAUAACAACCAUGACCACCACAGCAGGAGAAAGCCUCCUUUUAACUGAUGAAAUGAUUUCUUACAGCCAUGACAAAAAAUAGAGCCACAAGAGCCUCGUUCAGUCUGUGGCUGAGCCUUGUUUAUCAAACAGACCGGUUGUGGACCUCUGGUAGUGACAAAGUUCGCUUUUGGACGUCCUGACAGCUAAUCAGCAUUCAACAAAAACCUGAUUGUGACUUGAAUUGAAGAUGUCUUAACCACAUGUUGACUGAGAGAGGAGGAGGUGUGUCGGGUUGGACUGAUAGAUAAUAGUUUAGAGCUGCUCAUAGCUUUUUUUCAGUUACAUUUAUAGAAAGACCAUAUCUUUGUCAGAGCCUCCAUGGGUGUACUUUUUAACCCUUGGGUCUUAUUAUUACAGUGAAAUAAUUUUGUGAAGCAGCAUUAUGAAGUAAUGGUGAACAGGGGUUGGGGUUUUGUGACGUUGUUCAGGGAGUGAAUAUCUAUUCAGUGAUUUUUUUUUUUUUAAGUGUUAAAAACAGUUUAAAGGUUUGCCAUGAAAAUAGGUAUAAUUUAUUGUGCUAACAGCACCGCUGCAGUCAAAACAGCCAAAAGGAAGGAGUUUAUUCACAGCAUCAAAGUAGCAUCAAAGACACAACUUUGUCUACGUGUCUGGCCGGCUUUAUCAUCGCUCGCUGCUAAAGAGAGGCAGGAAGCUGUCCACAAAUCCUUCAGAACUGGCUCUGGUUGUUAGCUGUAAUGAAUGAGUUACUCUGAAAGCUGCUGUGUUGCUUUUUGCUCAUCCAGAGCUCCUGUAGGUUGUCACAAUUCCAGAAUCAGAAUCUUAAAAAAAAAAGACUUAAAAUCUAAGUUGUUGUUAUACCACAGCAACAAAAAUGCAAGUCCUCAGGACUAGGGAUGCACAUUGUUUUUGCUACUGAUACUUGGGAUGCCCCAUCAAGUCAUCUGCAGGAGAUCACAGAUGUUCUGUGAGUGAGAUCAGCUGAUUACCAAUAUCAGUACAAUCAUGUUUAGUGUUCGGUUGUGUUGGUUUACAAUUUGUUGUAGGGCACUGGGACCUCCUGCAGGGGGCAGUGUAACCUGAUAUAAAGAGCAUGAAGUCUUCCUUAAUCAGUCAACAACAUGCUUUUACUUUUUUUAUUCAACAGAGCAGAACAAAUACCUCUCCAAGAAACAAUGCAUCCUGCAGUAAGGACUAAUCUAUUAUGUCCUAAUUUAUGCAUAUUGAUAUCCUGCUUUUUUAACAUGCUAAGCAGUGCCAGUAGUCUAAAUACAGUGGUUCUCAGCUAGUCUUGUAUCAGGACAAGCCACCACCUCCCUAAUAACACAUCACAACCUGAAUGUAUUAAAUUCUCAGUCAUAACCAUAUGUUUUUAAUAAAUAUGGCAGUUUGGAGUUAAGAUUGAACAAAAUUUGAUAGAAUGACAAGAUAAAAAUAUUCAUAACCAAACCACAUCAUAGACAUUUUACUGCAUAUUUUCUUCUAGACACAUCCAAGACCGACUCAAGAUGGCUUCACAUCCCUUUUUCGAGCCCUGACCCUCCACUUAGGAACCAAGAGUAUAAUACAGUGUUUCCCAUUAAUUACUUAAACAAUGGCGCUCCACCAUAGUCUUAUUUUUAUCGCCAUAGUCUAAUUUGCUGCACCAAAGUCACAUUCUAUAAAGCCAACAUACCGUUGGCCUGCUCAGAAGUGAACCACUCGUGUACUUGAGCCAUGCUGCGUGCACAGAGUGUGGCACGGACGAACUUUAGACACUUGAGCUACAGGAGACGAAACCUUGAAACAUUUUAGGUAUAACAUUUGUUCCUCUCUACCUUAUAUCCAUGUAGGAUCUGUGUAUCCAUGUGGAUUCGGGCACUCCUGCUCUGUCUCUCUUACACGUGUGGGGGCUGUGUAGUAUGCUACUUUAAUGUCCAAAUCGCUGAAUAUUCCAUUGAUAUUCUCAUCAUAAAUGACCAAACCUCAGCGUGUGAGGAUGUGAUUAUAAGACUGAGCUUCAAUGUGAUUCAUCAUAUUAUAGUAAAUCAUAACAGUAUUCAUAGUGGAUAUAAAACAUGUUUAAAAAAAACUGUACCUAAAGAAAGGGAAAGUAGCACUUAGGUAAACAGUUUUCAGUUCUAGCUUAGUGAAACAGUUUCUGACUUUAGUUAUUAGUUGGUUAAUUCAUAAUUCCUUCAGUACUUAACAAAAAACAGCUGCUUUAAACGCUUCUGUUUCUGUGAUUUGAUGAAUUCCUGAAUUACAUUAACAAGGAAGGAGAAACAGUGUGUUAAUAAAGAGACAUUAUUUCUCUCCAGAAUGUAAACUUAAUGCCCAAAUUAAAUAGAUGUAUAAUUUAAAUAUGUUUUGUUUUUUAAAAAAAAAAAUUAAUUCAAGGUAAAUAGUACUCUUUAGAUGUCAGUAACAGGUUUUUGUUUAAGAAAAGAAAGUCUGUAUCAUCCAGAAUUUUUAUCAUCACGUCAGACAAUAAAAAAAAGCAAUUGGCCAAUCAGUUCACCUCUGAUUUAAUUACUGUAAGAGAAAAUUAUCUAAAAGGAACAACAUUUUCAUAGAUUUAGCCUCUUGAUUUUUUAUUUUUUAUUUUUGCUAUGAAAACGUGCAAGAUUGGUGCAGUUGUAAUCAACAAAAUACAAGGUGAACCAUGUAACCUCUCUCCCACUAACCACAAUGAUGAACAGGCAAGUUAAAUCAGUUCAACACCCCACCUCUACCCAUGUGACACAAUUCAGUAUGAUCCAACAAAACAGCAACCCAAAAUACCCCCCAAAAAUUGUAAACACAUACCUAUCCCCUAAAAUCACCAGGUUAAUUCAGUCAGGGCUCCUACAGUCUUUAAAUUAGUACAUCUUGAUCUUAAAAAUAUUCUUAAAGUAUUUAUUUUUUAAUGGCAGAAUAAC